UUUGGGUUUGGGGUUAUGUCACGUUCUGGGGACGCGGUUUCGUGUAAGCUGGAAGACAAAGGAGGAGGGAAAAGGGGAGACGGGCUGGACAGGCCUGUAGGGCGAAGUUCAGGAAGGGCCGCCGCUGCUGCCGGCCCCCGUAGGCAUGUCCUCCCGGCACAGGCACCUAGGCAACGGCGCCGGCCCCGGGACGGAUGCUGUGACUCCUUCCUAUUUCAGACGGACCCACCCAGGGUAAAUAGCUGUGUGAAGAGUGAUGAGCAUGUCCUGGAGGAGCUGGAAACAGAAGGGGAGAGGCAGCUGAAAAGCCUCCUUCAGCAUCAACUUGAUACCAGUGUCUCCAUUGAGGAAUGUGUAUCUAAGAAAGAGAGCUUUGCUCCUGGUACUAUGUACAAGCCCUUUGGGAAGGAAGCAGCUGGGACUAUGACUUUGUCCCAGUUCCAGACACUGCAUGAGAAGGACCAGGAGACUGCUUCUCUCAGGGAACUAGGGCUUAGUGAGACAGAAAUCUUGAUUUGGAAGAGCCAUGUUUCAGGUGAAAAGAGGGCGAGACUUAGGGCAACCCCUGAAGCGAUACAGAACCGUCUUCAAGAUAUUGAGGAAAGAAUCUCAGAGCGUCAGCGCAUCCUUUGCCUGCCACAGAGAUUUGCAAAGAGCAAACAGCUGACCCGGCGAGAAAUGGAAAUAGAAAAUUCUUUAUUUCAGGGAGCUGAUCGUCACUCCUUCCUCAAGGCUCUUUAUUACCAAGCAUACCACAAAAAGACAAGUGCAGACAAGUACAUGACCUCAAUGAAGAGGAAGAUAAAAUUAGGCACAAAAGAUGAAUCCCAAAAGAAGAACAAAGGUGAUCCCAUGAACAACCUGGAAAAUUUUUACCAAGAGAUGAUAAUGAAAAAACGUCUUGAAGAGUUCCAACUAAUGAGAGGUGAACCCUUUGCUUCCCACUCACUGGUCUCAGCUACAUCAGUGGGAGAUAGUGGCACAGCUGAGAACCCGUCAUUACUCCAGGACAAGGGAAAACAGGCAGCACAGGGUAAAGGUCCCAGUCUCCAUGUGGCAAAAGUUAUUGAUAAUUCACCUGAGCAGUGUUGGACGGGGCCUAAGAAGCUGACGCAGCCAAUAGAAUUUGUCCCAGAAGAUGAGAUCCAGAGAAAUCGUUUGUCAGAGGAAGAGAUCCGAAAAAUUCCUAUGUUUUCUUCAUAUAAUCCAGGGGAGCCAAACAAGGUGUUAUACCUGAAGAACCUUAGCCCUCGGGUGACCGAAAGAGAUCUUGUCUCAUUAUUCGCUCGGUUCCAGGAGAAGAAAGGACCUCCAAUUCAAUUCCGAAUGAUGACUGGACGAAUGAGAGGGCAGGCUUUUAUCACUUUUCCCAAUACAGAAAUAGCAUGGCAAGCAUUGCGUCUAGUAAAUGGAUAUAAACUACGUGGGAAAAUAUUGGUGAUAGAAUUUGGAAAGAACAAAAAGCAGCAGUCAGAUCUCCAGGCUGCUUCUCUAAUAUCAUCUACUACAGAUAAUACUACAGAAAUCAGUGGCAGCUAGAAGACAUAAAGAUUGUGAGUCCCAGGAGGUCUUUCUUGCAUCAGAAUCUAAGAUCUAGGAUUUGUAUAUAGAUAGCAAUUUAUUUGGAAUUGAAGAAGAGAAGCUAACUGAGGGAGAGAAAACAAUUAAAAUCCCUUUCAGCUUUUGGAAAGAAUUGGUAGAAAACAUUUUCUAUAAUCAAACACUCUCUGGGAUAGACAAUAUAAUGAGUAUGGAGGAUAGGGAAUAAAGAGUAUCAUUUUCUCAGGAUAAAUUACAGUGGAUUACUUCCAAGGGUUUUUUUUUAAUCAUUAUAAUUUAUAUGAGGUCUUAAAUAUUUGUCCCUAGAGAUAACAUUCUUUCAAGACUGGCUCCUAUAUAUACAAAACUAAAAAACUAAUUAAGUGUUGAAAUAUUUAUUUCUAGAGCCCAUUUGUCCCUAAAUUUAUUUUCCUAGUAAAUAAAUGACCAAGACUCCAGGCCUAAACAUCAGCAAAUGCUCUUGAAUGAGACCUAUCAGCAGUAACAGUAGGUAGUUUUCAUAAGUUAGUCAACAUAUUUAAUGGACAUUUCCCUAUUAAGUUAUCACUGUCUUCAAAUAGCUUUAUAUUUUUUCUAAUGAAAGAAUUUAGAUCAAAACAAUGUUCUCAUAGUCAUUUAAGCUAGCUACCAUUGAGUAAUGAUUGAAUUAAAAGCAAUAAACAUUGAAUCAUUAUCUAUUACAUGUUAGGGAUUAGAUAUAUUAAUUUUAGAAGAGGAACAUACUAGCAAAGAAUACUAAAGAGGGGUAGAAAUAAAGAGCUCUCUAGAAGAGAGGCAGCCUACCCCAAAUCCCCCAGUUGUUUGUUUGUAGUUGCUGGAGAAUAGAAAGAUGAUAUGAUAUAGAGGAAGUAGUACAAACUUUGGAGUCAGACCUGUUUGAACUUCACAGCCAUACUUACCACUCUGUGACCUUGGCAAGUCACUUAAUCUGAGCCUCAGUUUUCUCAUCUAUAAAAAUGACGAUAAUACUACUACUUACCUCAUUGGGUUGUGAUGUUUAAUGGGAUAACUGUAUCCAGGUUGAAGAUCAGAAAGAAAAAAUAAUGAAAAUUUAAUGGGGUAAAGAACCAUUAAGCACUCCAACAUACUUGGAAUAUCAGAGAAAGAAAGGAGCAGAAAAAAUAUUCCAAUAAAUAAUGGCUGUAAAAUCCCAAAUUUGAUGAGAAACAUUAUCUACACAUCUGAGAAAUCUCAAUGAACCCCAAUUAGGAUAAAUAAGAAGAAAUCAACAAACAUACCAUAAUAAGAAUGCUAAAACCCAAAGAUAAAGAGAAACUUUUGAAAGCAACAUGAGACAACUGAAGCCACUUACAAG